CUUUGCGUUCCACAGGUGAAAGGAGGCCGUGCUGGGCGGCGCGCUCCCGUAGUGCUGCUCUGUCUGGAUCGCUUGUGGUCGCGCAGUUAGUGGUCGCCGUGCGCUGGUAACUAUGGCGGAGCUACCGGCCUUGUUCGUCGUCACUAUCAACGUCCUUCUGCUCGGCGGCCCCAGUCUGACGAACGCUCUUAGAUGUCUGUGCACUAGCUGCAUCAAAUCGAACAACACAUGUGAGACAGAUGGAGCCUGUAUGGUCUCAAUCGCCAACAUUGAUGGAAUGAAGCAUCAAAUGCGAGCAUGCAUUUCUAAGAGUGAACUCGUCCCUGCAGGAAAACCAUUCUACUGUCUAAGUUCAGAAGACAUCCGCAACACCGAAUGCUGCUACACAGACGACUGCAACAGCAAGGACCUCCUGGUGCCCAGUGGCUAUACAAAAGAUGAUCCUCCAUCAGGCUGGGGCCCAGUGGAACUUGUGGCUGUCAUAGCUGGCCCGAUGUUUCUCCUAGGUGUUAUCCUUAUCGUGGUGGUCCUGUUCCACUGUCAUCAGCGAGUUUAUCACAACCGGCAGAGACUGGACUUGGAGGAUCCAUCAUGUGAAAUGUAUCUGGCUAAAGAUAAAACUCUUCCAGAUUUAAUCUAUGACCUGUCUACAUCAGGUUCUGGCUCAGGAUUACCGCUUUUUGUUCAGCGCACUGUAGCAAGGACAAUAGUCUUACAGGAGAUCAUUGGAAAGGGUCGUUUUGGUGAAGUAUGGCGUGGCAAGUGGAGAGGAGGAGAUGUGGCCGUCAAAAUAUUCUCAUCAAGGGAAGAGAGGUCAUGGUUCAGGGAGGCAGAAAUCUACCAGACGGUGAUGCUGCGACAUGAGAAUAUUUUGGGAUUUAUUGCUGCAGAUAACAAAGACAAUGGAACAUGGACCCAGCUGUGGCUUGUCUCGGAUUACCAUGAACACGGCUCACUGUUCGACUAUCUGAACCGGUACACAGUUACCAUUGAGGGGAUGAUAAAGCUUGCCCUCUCAGCAGCCAGUGGCCUUGCUCAUCUACAUAUGGAAAUUGUUGGAACUCAGGGAAAGCCUGGAAUUGCUCACCGGGACCUCAAGUCGAAAAAUAUCCUGGUAAAGAAGAAUGGAGUGUGUGCGAUUGCUGACUUGGGUCUUGCUGUGCGCCAUGACUCUCUGACUGAUACUAUAGACAUUGCUCCCAAUCAGAGAGUGGGGACCAAACGAUAUAUGGCUCCUGAGGUGCUGGAUGAAACUAUAAAUAUGAAACACUUCGACUCAUUCAAGUGUGCGGACAUCUAUGCUCUGGGAUUAGUUUACUGGGAAAUUGCCCGUAGAUGCAGUGCUGGGGGUUUUCAUGAAGAAUAUCAGCUUCCAUACUAUGAUUUGGUACCGUCAGAUCCUUCUAUUGAAGAAAUGCGUAAAGUAGUAUGUGACCAGAAAUUACGACCUAACAUACCCAAUUGGUGGCAAAGUUAUGAGGCUCUUCGGGUGAUGGGGAAGAUGAUGAGGGAGUGCUGGUACGCCAAUGGAGCAGCUCGCUUGACAGCUCUGCGCAUUAAGAAAACACUGUCACAACUCAGUAUACAAGAAGAUGUGAAGAUCUGAAGCCGCUCACAAAGCCCCUGAGAAAAUGUGGAAAAAAUGUCAUACAAGCUGCCAUGAUGUAGUACAUAAGUAUGAGGCCUACCUCAACGUUUCUUCCCAGACAACUGCCAGUUGAACAAUGGGGCCUUUGGGCCAAAAUGGAAGAGAACAGCACACUUCAAUUAAUUAUAGGUUUGGGUCUGAAACAGAAACUUUUUUGUUUUUUUUUCUAUUUUUUUUCCCUUUUUCUUAAUAGCAUGAAGAUAAAGAAUCCGAUUCAGGUGACUGCCGCAUUGCCUGAUUUUUCUUUUCCUCCAAAUGAAAUAACCAUGGUGGCACCCCGUUUCCAUCUGUGAAGGGUAAAAUCCACUUCAGCUAACUUGGUCCAAAUGGUUCAGGGUAUUGCCUAGCAUACCAGACCAUACUCUCCUUACUGGCUCAGGUCCCAGUAAGCAAGCUGAGGUUUCUCUUGGAUUUACCCCAUUCACAAACGAGGAGACUCCCCUUGCAAUGGAUUGUGUUCUUACAAUUCAGGCUUUGUACAGAAUGACAUUGGAGCUUGGAAGCAAACACUACACUAUCCAUGUAGACCCGUGUCCGUGCAUGUGCAAGGGUGUGUGUAGCUAUUUUUGGACCUGUGUUUUUGUAGGUGUACAUGUGAGCUUGUCUGCAUGCGCAAAUAUAAGAAAAAAAACAACAAAAAACUCCACUUUUUGAAGUGUCUGUACGUAGAUCACCUGACACUUCAUGUAAAGUUUGCAUACAGGGCCACUUGUCACAUUAUUAUUAUUAUUUAGUUUUCUUUUCUUUUGCGAAGCAACAAAAUCCAAAAUCUGAGCUUGUCUGAACAUAACACUAAACAUCCACUUACCAGAGGAGCGGAAAACAAUGAUGGUGAAAACCUAUUGGCAAUAGAAAUGUUUUAAUAAAAGACCCUCAGCUUGUGCUGUCCCAGCGGAUGUGAAGCGAGGAGGACAACCUGCAAAAAUCCAUCAUCAUUUGUAAAUGAAUCUCAGGUGUCAAGCAUUUGCCAACAGCAGGGAUUUUAAAUGUUUGUGCUCAUCAAAUAGACCGGCAUGGAGCGAGGUGUAGAUCCUUUUCCGGCCUGCCUUUGGGAAAGAACUGAAAAGAAGCAAAGCUUUAGUCUUUUGGUCUUUUUGAUCAGCGACUUAGAAAAAUAAGAGCCUGUUUCGGUCGGCCAGGCCAGGCUCCAGCUGUGUCAGGUUGGAAGCAGGGUUGUUAUGUGAGCGACACAUCACAUUU